GUGACUCUGGGUCCUGCCGGGGGUGCUAGACCGGUUGUGACCCUGGGUCCUGCUGGGUGCAGUAUCCUGGUUGUAACUCUUGAGCCUGCUAGAUACUUCACUUGGGCUGUAACUCCAUUCCCUGCCAGGGGUGGCCAUCUGACUAUAACUCUUUACCCUCCUUGAUGUUGAUGGAGACUGGCUGGAACCUCUCUCCUUGAAGGGAGUUCCAGUGGGGCUGUAACUCUUUGCCUUACUUGGGGUUAUAGCCAGCCCAGAACUCUUCCCCAUGCCUGAGGCUCCUGGUGGGCUGUAACUCUUCUCUCUGCUCACACUUCUAAGCUGGCUCUUAUUUCUUUCUCGGUUGUUGUUUCUAGGCCGGCUGCAACUCUUGCCCCCACUCUGUUUUUUCUGGGAAGUAGGAGUUCUCAUCCUGUUGGGCACACUUGGGGUGGCACCAUGAGUUCUCAUCCUGCUGGUAGUGCUGGCUCUGCUGGGUGACCUCGUGGAGCUGCGGCUUCCCCUUCUUCUGGGAGUUCUGCCCCGGCUGUGUGUGCCCCUCUGCUGGUGGAGUCUUACCCCACUGGCCUUGCUGGCCCUGGUGUCGGUGCUGGCCUUCCUGGCCCUGGUGUCGGUGCUGGCCUUCCUGGCCCUGGUGUCGGUGCUGGCCUUCCUCACCCUGGUGUCAGUGCUGGCCUUCCUCGCCCUGGUGUCGGUACUGGCUUUGCUGGGUGUUCUUGUCCCAUUUCGGGCUCGGGACUUGCUGCUGGACUGUUUAGAAGCAGCUGUCUUCGUACUUGCCCACUUGGGAGACCUAGAACUGCUUGGGCUUGUGACCGAGUUAGGGGCUGUUGAUGGCUUGGUGGGCACUGAAGCACUGUUGGUCUUUGCCGAUUUGGUGGUCUUCAAGGAGGCGGGAGGCUUGGGAGGCACAGGGGACAUCGAGGGUCCAGUGGAUGCUGGAGACAUGCUGGGCUUUGAGGGUCUCGUAGGUGGAGAAGGCAUGGUAGGUACAAAAGGGCUUGUGAUCCUGAAAGUCACAGUGGACAUGAAAGACUGGUAGCCGUGGACAACCACCUGACUGCCUCUCACAGGCCAGCUGCAUGAAGUCAUAGUGGGCGUUGAAGCCCCUGGAGGGUGGGUGGUGUGAAGUCAGUGGUAGGAGGAGAAAGAGGGGUGAAGGCCAGAGGGGUUGCCUCCAUGUUUGGCCGCCAUUCAGCAAGUAUCUUCUGAGGCUGACUGGGGAUGCAGCGUUGCUGGGGACAUGGAGAUGGGUCAGACCCAGGUCCUGCCUUCCCGGAGUCUCCAGGCCCUGAGCAUUCCUCUGACUCUGAAUACACUCUCUCAGAGCCAGACUCCGAAGAGGAAGAAGAUGAGGAGGAGGAGGAGGAGGAGGCCACUGACGAUCCUGAAUAUGACCCUGGCUACAAGGUGAAGCAACGCCUGGGGGGGGGCCGGGGGGGCCCGUCCCGCCGGGCCCCCCGUGCAGCCCAGCCCCCGGGCCCCCCAGCCCAGCCCUGCCAGCUCUGUGGCCGCUCACUCCUUGGGGAGGCCCCACCAGGCACCCCACCUUGCCGGCUCUGCUGCCCUGCUACAGCCCCCCAGGAAGCUCCAGCCCCUGAAGGCAGGGCCCUCGGGGAGGAAGAGGAGGAGCCGCCUCGGGCUGGGGAGGGUCGACCAGCUGGGAGGGAGGAGGAGGAGGAAGAUGAGGAGGAGGAGGGCACCUAUCACUGUACGGAGUGUGAGGAUUCCUUCGACAACCUCGGGGAGCUGCACGGGCACUUCAUGCUGCAUGCCCGGGGCGAGGUGUAGGCAGAGCCCCCCACCCAGGGAGCUUGGCUAAAGGGGUGGGGUGGGAGGAGGGGGCUGAGGAAAUUGGGGUGGUCGCAAUGGUCAUGUGGGACGGGGUACCGCCGAUCUGUGUCGUCUUAGCAGUAGAUGUGUGAAGGCCAGAAUAAAAGCCAAAUUCUGUGUG